AUGUCGAAGAAAGGAGAAGUAGUGUGUGUUACCGGAGGAAGCGGUUGUAUUGGCUCUUGGCUUGUCCGUCUCCUUCUCGACCGUGGGUACACGGUUCACGCCACCGUAAAAAAUCUCAAGGAUGAGAAGGAGACGAAGCAUCUAGAAUCGCUUGAAGGAGCAGACACGCGUCUCCGUCUUUACCAAAUCGACCUCAUUGAUUAUGACUCCAUUGUCGCCGCAAUCAAUGGCUGUGCUGGCGUCUUCCACUUAGCCUCUCCGUGCAUCGUCGAUCAAGUCCAUGAUCCUCAGAAUGAGCUUUUGGAUCCGGCAAUUAAAGGAACAAUAAAUGUACUAACGGCAGCAAAGGAGAACGGCGUCAGGCGCGUCGUGGUGACGUCAUCGAUUUCAUCUAUAACGCCCAGUCCUAACUGGCCUGCUGACGUCAUCAAGAAUGAGGAUUGCUGGACGGACGUUGAGUACUGCAAGCAAAAUGGAAUAUGGUAUCCAUUGUCAAAAACACUAGCUGAGAAAGCUGCGUGGGAGUUUUCGAAGGAGAAGGGUUUGGAUGUGGUGGUGGUGAAUCCAGGUACGGUUAUGGGUCCGGUUAUCCCACCGACGCUGAAUGCUAGCAUGCUGAUGCUUGUGCGCCUUUUCCAAGGCUGCACCGAGACAUAUCAAGAGUUCUUUAUGGGAUCCGUCCAUUUUAAAGAUGUAGCCUUGGCACAUAUUAUAGUGUAUGAGAACCCAUCAGCAACCGGCAGACACUUGUGUGUUGAAGCUAUAUCUCAUUAUGGUGACUUUGUGGCCAAGGUUGCUGAGCUAUAUCCUGAAUAUAAGAUUCCCAGGUUGCCAAAGGAUACCCAACCAGGGCUGUUGAGGGCAAAGAAUGGAGCUAAGAAGCUGAUGGACUUGGGUUUAGAAUUUAUUCCGAUGGAGCAAAUUAUCAAGGAUGCAGUUGAAAGUUUAAAGAGCAAGGGAUUCAUUUCUUGA